UUGCUGCUGAAGCGUACGCCCUUUGCGACACUCGCAUCUGUCCAGCCUCGCAAGAUAUUGGAGAAUCAGUUUUGUUUGGGGCGUAUUGUCCGCGCCCGUAAGGUUUGAAUAAGAAGUGUUUCUAAAGACCAGAUUCGACCUUGAUUGAGCGCUUAUUGAGAUAAUGAGGAGAUAGACAUUUCUGGUUCGAAAGAGUGUGUAACGGUGUAGAAACGCGUAACGCUCAAGCUUCUAAAACUUGAACCAAGGUCUGUCUACAUCGUGCAAUGAAUACUUUGAGUAAUCUAAGAUGGUACAUUUCCAGACAUGAUAAGACAGACCUCGUUACAUGAUGAGUCACAGAAUCCGAAACGAGCAACGAAACGCGCAUUCAUGUUAGCAAUGUUUGCCAACGGUUCUUAUCGUUUAUCAGGGUCGGCUCGGCCGAGACUUGUUGUUCCGAGCUAACCACCGUAAAUAAACCAGGCCUACGAUGCAUGCUAGAUCUAUCAUGUGAUCAUCGCAUAUAUCAAUGAGGCACAAACACUUGGUAUUAUAGAAUCACACGAUAAGACUACAAUAAAUGCGUCGGGUGCGUUGCGCUGUGUCCCCAAAAAAUUUCAAUUGCUGUUCCAGUUUACUCGCGCUAAAUCGAGUGGCCAGACUCCAAUGGCAGCCAGAAUCGCUGAUGCUCCAAUAUUGCCAAGGGAUGAGGCUUUUGCCAUCACUUUGGAUUUCCAAUCCGACCCUACACCUGAGAAAGUCAGUCUGGGUGCGGGGGUGUAUCGUGACGAAAACUCCGAGCCAUGGAUUCUUCCGAGCAUCAAAAUGGCCAAAUCAGUCGUCGAAAGGUCGCUGGAUCUGAACAACCAUGAAUACCUGCCCAUCGCUGGCUUCGACCCGUUCCUUAAAGUCGCAAGGGAGCUCGUUCUAGGGAACUAUAAUACCUCUAACAGCCACGUACUAUCGAUUCAAACAAUAUCGGGUACUGGUGCAAACCACCUUGGAGCUCUGUUCCUAGCACAACAACUUAGACCGCGAAAUGUAUUCAUAUCGGAUCCGACUUGGGGAAACCAUUUCCUCAUCUGGCAGACGGCAGCCCCACACGUCAUACAGGAGAAAUACCCUUAUUACGAUGCGCAAACACGCGCACUCAACUUUGAAGGUAUGACAUCGAUGCUGGAGAACGCCGCCACCGAAGGGGAUGUCGUGAUACUUCACGCCUGUGCUCAUAACCCAACGGGAAUAGACCCAACAAGAGAUCAAUGGCGCAGUCUGGCGCAAGUGUUCAAGCGAAAGAAACUAUUCCCGUUCUUCGACUCCGCAUACCAGGGUUUUGCGACAGGAGACCCAGAGGAGGAUGCUUGGGCUGUACGACACUUCCACGAAGUUCUCUUCGAAGAUGGACCUGGGAACACUCCCCAAGGCAUGUGCAUUGCGCAGUCAUUUGCCAAGAACAUGGGACUCUAUGGGGAACGCGUGGGUGCUUUUCACCUGGUAUUGCCGCAAGACACACCGUCCACUGGGCCCUAUAGCCAGCUGCUGCGGCUUGUAAGGGCCGAGAUUUCGAAUCCUCCUUUAUACGGGUGUCGGUUGGUUUACACUGUUCUUUCCAACCCAACGAUACGGGCUGUCUGGUACGAAGAUUUGCGGAAAAUGGCAGGGCGCAUCAAAGGAGUUCGAUCGAUGUUGAAGCAAGAGAUUGAAAAGCACGAAAACGUUGGGGAUUGGACUCAUCUAACUAGUCAGAUCGGGAUGUUCAGUUUUACGGGCUUGAGUAAGGAUCAAGUACAGCGUCUGAGAGACAAGCAUCACAUCUAUCUCAUGUCUAACGGGAGGGUAAGUUUGAGCGGUGCGAAUGAGGGAAACGUCAAGUGUAUCGCGGAUGCGAUAGCGGAAGUUGUGCAGGAGCAUGGCACGUAGAUGAGCUAAUCGGCGUGGGUUUGACUUGAUCAGGUCAACUAUGCGCAACGUGGAAUUUGCUAUAUACUAUGCUGCCACUAUCUUUCCGCCUGAAGUUCUUUUCAUAUGACUGUUACCCCUACUUUGGUGAUGCAUAGGCCAGGUAUACUAUUAGGUUCGUAUUGAUCAGGCAGUUUAACACGAUUAGUUGGGAUCAAGAUCAUUUGCCAGGAUAGUACAGGAUCAAUUGCGUACCCCAGCUCCGGGACAUCCAUCAGACCAUUUUCUAGACAUACAUUCAAGCUCGACUCACAAUC